AGCUUUGACGUUUUCCUGGAUUUUUAACGAGUACCCAUCAAUCGUGAAGCAGGACUCUCGUCGCUUUGUGUCUCAGGAGACAGGGAAUCUGUAUAUAGCUAAAGUUGAGCCGUCGGAUGUGGGAAACUACACCUGUGUCGUGACUAAUACCGUCACCAAAACACAAGUACAAGGGCCACCAACUCCACUCAUACUGCGCACAGAUGGUAUUAUGGGAGAAUAUGAGCCAAAGAUUGAAGUACAGUUCCCGGAAGUUGUGCAAGUGGCUAAAGGUUCAACUGUGCGCCUGGAGUGUUUUGCAUUAGGAAAUCCUGUACCAUCCAUAAGCUGGCGUCGAGUAGACGGAGUCCCUUUCGCUCGUAAGGUGGAUGUAAGAAAAACCAGCGGCGUGAUGGAAAUCCCUUACUUCCAGCAGGAGGACGCGGGUACAUACGAGUGUGUGGCAGAAAACAGCAAAGGAAGAAACUCCGUGCAGGGAAAGCUCUCUUUCUUUGCCUCGCCUCAGUUAAUUGAGAAGCCGCAGGAUGUGCAGAAGCCCAUCGAUGACUCUCUGGUGUGGGAAUGCAAGGCCACGGGGAAACCAAAACCCUCGUACAGGUGGAUGAAGAAUGGAGAAAACCUGGAGCCCACUGAGGAGAGGGUGCAGGUCAUUAAUGGCGCCCUGUCCAUCACUCACCUGGCACUCUCUGAUAUUGGGAUGUACCAGUGUGUGGCUGGAAACAAGUAUGGAGAAGUCUAUUCCAAUGCUGAACUCAGAGUUAUCGCCGUCGCUCCCGAUUUCUCCCAGAACCAGCUGAAGAGUCACACUUUGGUGAAAGAAGGUGGCGACGUCCUCAUCGAAUGCAAGCCCAAAAUGUCUCCCCGAGGCUCGAUCUCCUGGCGCAAAGGCAACGACGCCCUCAGAGAAAGCAGCAGGAUUGCUGUAUUGGAGAGUGGAAGCCUUCGGAUAUCCAAUGUCAGCAAAUCUGAUGCUGGAUCGUACACGUGUGUCGCCCGUAACCAGUUUGGUGAAGCCAGCAGCUUAGGAAACCUGCUUGUGAAAGAGCCAACAAUCAUUACCACAGCUCCAAACACACUGGACGUGACGGUCGGCGAAAGCAUCAUUCUUCCAUGUCAGGUGUCAUACGACCCCUCGCUGGAGCUGAAGUUUACCUGGUUCUUCAACGAGCAGCUCAUUCACUUCGGCAGCCAUGGAGGAUACUUCGAAAAAGUUGGCGGACAACACUCAGCAGGUGACAUCAUGAUCCGCAACAUUCAGCUGAGGCAUGCUGGGAAAUACACGUGUGCAGUGCAGACCAAGGUGGACAGCAGCUCCAUCGCAACUGACCUGAUUGUCAGAGGUCCCCCCGGCCCCCCUACCAGCAUCCAUGUGGAAGAAAUCACAGAUACCACUGCCACUCUCUCCUGGAGGCCUGGUCCUGAUAAUCACAGUCCAAUUACUGCCUACACCAUCCAGGCUAGAACCCCUUUCUCCCUCGGCUGGCAAGCUGUUAGCACAGUGCCAGAGGUGGUGGGGGGCUCACAUCUCACUGCUACAGUAAUUGAGCUCAACCCCUGGGUGGAGUACGAGUUCAGAGUGUUGGCAAGCAAUGCAGUGGGCACAGGAGAGCCCAGCAAACCCUCCAAGAAAGCCCGGACCAAAGACACAGUUCCCAAGGUCACGCCAGCCAACGUGAGCGGAGGAGGUGGCAGUCGAUCAGAGUUAGUCAUCACUUGGGAGCCUGUUCCUGAAGAGCUCCAGAAUGGAGCAGGCUUUGGUUACGUCGUUGCUUUCCGGCCCUUUGGCUCCACCGGGUGGAUGCAGGCGGCAGUUCCCUCUCCUGAAGCCUCCAAAUACGUGUUCAAAAACGAGACCAUCUUACCCUUCUCUCCGUUCCAAGUCAAAGUCGGGGUGUACAAUAACAAGGGGGAAGGACCUUUUGGACCGGUGAUCACCAUCUACUCUGCUGAGGAGGAGCCUGGACGAGCACCCAGUCGACUCAGAGCCAAGAGUCUUUCAGCGUCUGACGUUGAGGUGUCCUGGAAAGCCCUGCCCUGGAGCACCAGCAAAAAGCGUGUUCUCGGAUACGAGUUGAGAUACUGGGAGAAGAAUGAGAAGGAAGAUGCGUCUAGCGUUCUGAGGACAGUUGGAAACCGAACGCUGGCUAUUAUUCAGGGCUUAAAAGGAAGUAGCACUUAUUAUAUAACGGUGAGAGCCUACAACACAGCAGGAACAGGCCCACCGAGUCCAGUGGUCAACAUUACUACCAAAAAGCCUCCUCCCAGCCAGCCGCCAUCAAAAGUCAUGUGGAAUACAUCCAACUCUAAAAUUAUCCUGAACUGGGAACAGGUGAAGCCACUGGAAAAUGAAUCCGAGGUUAUGGGAUAUAAGGUCAUGUACAGGAGGAACCGCUUCAGCAGACCCAACGUUAUGGAGACCAACACCACCUCAGUGGAGCUUUCCCUGCCCACAGAUGAGGAGUACAUCAUCCAGAUCAAACCGUUCGGAGAGGGAGGAGAAGGCAGCAGCAGCCGACAAAUCACCAUUCCCAGAAUAUCAGGUCCCAACGCCAUCGGCUCUGCUUCCAGUGUGUCCACUCUCUCAGCUCUCAGUACAAUAGCUCUGUCUCUCACAGCUCGCACAUCUUUAUGACAGAACACAGCGCGGGCCGCUGACUUCACGCCACACGGUCUUCCUCCAAAGGAGACUCUGAGAAAAGUGACUCAGACAGAUCGAUGAAAACCCAUUCAUACAAACCAGAGGACCUACGUGAACCAUAAUACCAGGAUGAAGAGAAAAGCGAUAAAAAAAAAAAAA